AAUCGUUCACAUAUCUGAAUGUACUCACUCAGUCUUCAGACUUCACUAUGUCCUUUGAGCUGGGGACAAUCUCAUCAGAGGUGAAAAUGGCAAUUGGCAGAAACUUCAUUGAAAUAUGGAAAAAACAUUUUACUCUUAUAUCGACAUCGUUAUACUCGCUCAUUUUGGUAGUGCUUGAAAAGAUAAUGGAAUCUGAGUUUAAAUGCCCAGAAGAUCUGCAUUUGAGACAUUGGUACAGCAGCUUAUAUUUCAUUGUGCCAUUUCUGACUAUGCUUAUAUUAGGCAUAAUUUUCCAGACAGCAUGUCUACAUCCUUCUUGUAGAGCAAACAAAUGCUGCUACUUUGACAAAAAAUGCAAACCUUGUGUUUGCUGUACAGACAAGCGGGAGUGUAGUAGCUGCUGUGGCAUUUUUUUAAAGGCUUUUUUUCCUGCUCUGUUGUGGAUAGUGAUCCUUCUUCUGGAUGGAAGAUAUGCUGACUGCCUGUUUAAACCAUUCAAGGAGAACAUCACAGGAGAAAACUCACAUCAAUCAACUAGAGUUCAGAUUUCCCAGAUUUCGGGACUCGGUACCAUAUUGGUUGUUGUCGUUAUAUGUUUUGUAUACUGGUGUAGCAAGUGCUGCUGCAAGAGAGGCGACAGAAAACAGAUAACAGUGGAUGAAGAUGAAAGCGGGAUUCUACUAGAGCAAAAAGCUCAUGAGUACAUUUUAAAACAGAAGAAAAAGGCUAUCUGUCAAUUAUUUAAGAAACACCUAAACGAUGAAUACUUAGCUGACCCGGAAACAAUUUCAAUAUCUAUUGACAAGGAAAAGAUAUCUGGUAUAAUAGAUAGAGUUUGUAACAUUUCAAGAGAAGGCUCAGCUGACCAAGAAGGAAUACCAAUGGUCAACACUUCACCUCAGGAGACCUCCAAUCUGUUACCUCAAGGGACCGCCAGUCCUUUACGUCAAGGGACUUCCAAUCCAUCACCUCCAGAGAUAUCAGAUAUAUCAAGUUGUUGAAGGGUGUUAGUUUUUCUGUAUUUUAAUAUGACACCACAGAAAGACUGGUAACUGAUGCAUAUACCAGUAAUAACACCAAACCAUGACUACACAGCAACUGCAAUCUACUAAUUGCACAAAAACCAAAGUGGAAAAUAAGGAAGGACAUGCAUCCCCAGCAGUUCUGCUCCUCCAGCCUCUCCCUGCAGUUCUUGGCUUCCUCUCCCAUGCUAGGGGGGCUGUAGUGGGUUCCCCUCCCCCAUUCCAGGCUGGGGAGGGUGGCUCCAGGGGCUUCUCACCCUCCUCUGCCAGGCUGGUGCUCCAGGGAGGGCAAGGUGGAGGAGCUAUACUGUCCUGUUGUUCACAGGAGGGGAGGAGGAAAUGGCAUUGGAGCCGCCUUGAACUGUUGGUCUCUUUAGGUCCCUCUUCCCCCUUCUCCUCCUAUGAGAAUGGUGUCUGGAUGCCGAGGGGGAGAGAGCUCUGAGUGCAAAGUUCCAGAUCCGUAGCAGCACUACACCUCUGCUGGAUGAGAUUUCCCGAGGUAUGUGUAAACAUGUGACACACGGUUCAGAUGUGUAAGUCUUACAACUCAGGUGUCUGAGAUCUCCCGACCUUCAUUUCACGAGGUCUCCAGUUCUUCACCGUAAGAAAUCUCCAACCCUUCACUAUAAGAGAUCUCCAAUCCUGCACCUCAAGGGUUCUCCAAUUCUCCACUUCAAGAGGUCUCAAUACCUUCAUCUCAUUGUUAAAAUAUCUUCCGAUGGCCAAGUAAGUUUUUGAAAUGUAGAUAGAAGUUUGAGGUAAUCACAGUGAUUUGUGUUCAGGAAGAAAAUCCGAGAGACUGCCAAUAAUCCGCUCAAGACUGCUGCAGCUGUUAAAUAGUUUAAAUACAAGGGUUAUCCAGCAAAUGUGGCUCAGCUGUUUUUCACAUGCACUAGAUUUGCUUUAGCAUUUACUUUCAUAUUUUUAUGUGCAAGGCAUUUAAAAAUAAAGGCACUCUGAAACUCAA